AUGAAGGAGAAGACUCAAAGAAAAAUAUGGAAAAAUUUAUUGUCCAACAACCACAACACCACCUUAACAACCGUCCUCAUCAACGACAUUCUUCCAACAACAAUAAUCCAUUUCGCUGUUUCUGAUAUGCACCUACCAUGCGAAAUCUCUGUUGCACAACGGGCCAACACUGAACUGCCAUACCAGAAUCAAGCUCGUGCGUCGCAUCUGACCACACAACAGCUCUCCGAGUCUCCAACUAUGCCAUGUCUCCAUGAGAUUUCGACCUCCAAUGACGAAAACCAAUCGCAAGCCACCACCUGCAAACGUCACAGGAGCCACAAACUUUUGGCCAUACCCGCAGACGCUGCCAUCGAUCCCGCUACAAACUGCCACUGA